CCAAUUUGACUUUUUACUCCUUCCAAUUAAUGGUUUUGGGGAGAAUCUGGGGUCUGUGGAAUUCACUGAAUUUGACCAGGGGUCCAAGUUGUUAUUUAAAUUAUCAAAAACACUGGCUUAAAGCUUAAGUUGAUGAAUGGCCCUUCACCGGCUUUAUCCCGAACCAAGCAGUUUGUUACCAGUACUGCGACAACGAAAUCUGAGUUACUUAUGCAGCAUUAUACAGCUAGUCUAUCCCUCAAGCAAGCCAAACAACUCCAUGCCCACAGCACUACUUCAGGCCUGCUCUCCUCCCAUCUCCUGUCAAACCUGGUAAAAUUGUAUGCUCUGCAUGGUCACAUCCCACAUACCCGUAAAUUGUUUGAUGACUUACCUCUCCGGAGUUCAUUUUUAUAUAAUACAGUGAUAGGAAUGUAUAUUAAAAGUAGUUUGCCGUAUGAGGCUAUUCAAGUGUUCAUUCAAAUGCUCACUUUGGGUCAGUGCCAACCGGAUAACUUUACAUAUCCGUUUGUUAUUAAGGCAUGUGGUGAGUUGUUAUUGCUUGAUGUGGGUGCUUGUUUUCAUGGACGGACAAUGAUGACUGGCUUUGAUAUGGACAUUUUUGUCCAGAACUCAUUGUUGGUGAUGUAUAUGAAUUGUCAGGAGAAGGAAGCAGCUCAAUGGAUCUUUGAUGCAAUGCAGAAGCCGAGCGUAGCAUCUUGGAAUAUUAUGAUUAAUGGAUAUUUUCGAAAUGGGUGUGCCAAGGAGGCUGUCAUGAUUUUUAACCGGAUGAUGGAUGUGAGAGUGGAGCCAGAUUGUGUCACUGUGGUGUCAGUGUUGCCAGCUUGUGGUUACAUGAAGAAUUUGGUGUUUGGAAGGAAGGUUCAUGCCUUAGUAGAAGAGAAGGGAUUGGGGACGAUAAGAGUAAACAAUGCACUGAUGGAUAUGUACGCGAAGUGUGGUAAGAUGGAUGAGGCACAGAUACUUUUUGACGAGAUGGGUGAGAGGGAUGUGGUAACAUGGACCACCAUGAUCAAUGGGUACAUUUUAAAUGGUGAUGCAAGAAGUGCAUUGGCACUUUGUUGGCCAAUGCAGCAUGAUGGUGUAAUACCUAAUUCUGUAACUAUUUCUUCCCUUCUUUCAGCCUGUGGCAGUUUGUAUCUUCCAGCACACGGUCGGUGCUUGCAUGCAUGGGCUAUAAGGCAAAAACUUGAGUUUGAUGUUGUUGUGGAGACUGCUUUGAUUGAUAUGUAUGCAAAAUGCAAAUAUGUUGAUCAUAGCUUUCGAGUAUUUGCAAAAACUACAAAGAAGAGAAUAGUUCCUUGGAAUGCUAUUCUUUCAGGAUGUAUUCAUAAUGAGCUUGCAAGAGAAGCUAUAGAGCUUUUCAAACAAAUGCUAGUGGAAGCAAUACAACCAAAUGAUGCAACCUUGAAUAGUCUCCUUCCUGCAUUUUCUAUUAUAGCAGAUUUUCGGCAAGCAAUGAAUGUCCAUUGUUACUUGAUAAGAUCCGGGUUUCUCUCAGGUGUUGAAGUUGCUACAGGUUUGGUUGAUAUAUACUCAAAGUGUGGAAGUUUAGAAUAUGCUCACAAGAUCUUUAAUGAAAUUCCCUACCACGAUAAGGACAUUGUUUUAUGGAGCGUGAUAAUAGCUGGUUAUGGAAUGCAUGGCCUGGGUGAGACUGCUGUUUCACUUUUCAAUCAAAUGGUUCAGUCUGGGGUUAGACCAAAUGAAGUCACUUUUACUUCUGUUUUGCAUGCCUGCAGCCAUGCUGGUAUGGUGGAUGAGGGCUUGCAUUUGUUAAGAUUCAUGCUUGCAAGUCAUCAAGUGAAACCACAGACUGAUCAUUACACAUGCGUAGUUGAUCUUCUUGGUCGUGCAGGUCGACUAGAAGAAGCUUAUGAUCUCAUUCAAAAUAUGCAAUUUAAACCUAACCAUGCUAUAUGGGGUGCAUUACUUGGUGCAUGUGUGAUACAUGAGAAUGUAGAACUUGGAGAGGUAGCUGCAAAGUGGCUGUUUGAGCUUGAGCCAGAAAACACUGGAAAUUACAUAUUGAUGGCAAAUAUUUAUGCAGCUGUAGGAAGGUGGAAAGAUGCAGAAAAUAUGAGACGAAUUAUGGAUAAAAUAGGAUUAAGAAAAUCACCAGCUCACAGUGCGGUUGGAAUCAGAAAUAUGUAAAUUUGUCAUAGCUUGCUUUAAAACAAUACAAUAACUUAAGACGCAACAGGUAUGUCUCUGCAAAAUAGAAACUCCAGUAAAGCAAAGUGUUAUAUGCAAAUUGACAAUGCCGAAACUCUUAUAUGAUGGAGCAGCAGGGAGUUCAUUCGUAAUUUCACAUAACAUUCCUAUUUUAGAAUGGCUAUCUCUUUUGGUAAAUCAGAUAAAGUCAAUGGUGCUGUUGUGUCAGCGUUUAUCAUCACUUUUGUUAAACGGUGAGAGAUCAUCAACUGGACACAAGUAAUUGGUCAAAUCACGUUCACAAUUUUUCUACCUGAUCCUUUCAUAUGUUUUGCUUCUGUGUAUUUUCUUCGCUGCUGACUUUGGAUGAUAAAGAUGGUUCUUUUCAAGCCUGGCCAUAGUUAUAGAAAGUCCUUCCUCUUUCUGGAAGGUCUGAGAGUCUAUUGGAAGAUAAUUUGCAUAUCCUAGUUCCUAAGAGUUUGUGAUAGAUAAUAGGAUGUACCUUUUCAAAAGGUUGAUCCUAAAUUAUAAUUUCAUAUCACUGCUACUUAAAGAUCUUUGAGGUCAAUCAUAAUUUUUCAUGUAAACUCUCCUUGUAGCUGAGAUGUAAAGUGCAUCUUAAUUUUUUAUUUGAUACAGUUACCGAAAUAAAGGGGAACAAAGAGGGAAAAAUAAUGAUAUAGAUAGAUGUUUGAUUGGAAAUCAUAUGAAAGAAGAAAAGGGCAUAUUGCAGUUUAAAGUCCCAAAGUUGUA